CCUCUUUCUCUUCAUGCACUACCAUAUCAUCUUCUUUGCUUUCAUCACCUUUGCUCUUUAUAUCGUAUAAUGGCUCCAUCCUUCAGGCCCCUCCUGCUUCUGUUGGCAUCUCUGCUAAUUAUGCAGACUAUGGCUGCAGAAGCUGAAACAUGCACAGACUGUUUCAUUCAUUCUCGAGCAGCUCAUUAUCCAAAUUCUGAUGAACAAGGAACAGAUUCUGGUGCUUGCGGAUUUGGUUCAUUUGGGGCAACAUUAAACGGUGGGGAUGUGUCAGCUGCAUCUGAUCUCUACCGUGGUGGUAUUGGGUGUGGUGCUUGCUAUCAGGUGAGGUGCACCAGCAGCAACUAUUGCACAGAUAAAGGAGUAACUAUUGUUAUAACAGACCAAGGCUCAAGCCAUGACACAGACUUUAUUCUUAGCAAACAAGCCUUUGGUCGUAUGGCUCAAAACUCAGAUGCGGCUGCUUCACUAUUAGCCCUUGGAGUAAUUGAUAUUGAAUAUAGACGUGUUUCAUGCAGCUAUCCCAACAAAAAUAUCACAAUCAAAAUUGAUGAGAACAGCAACCACCCUCACUAUUUGGCUUUUGUCAUAUGGUAUCAACAAGGAAAGAGAGAUAUUACUGCUGUGCAGCUAUGUGAGACUCAAAAUUUUGUGUGCAAGCUCUUGGAUCGGAGUUAUGGAGCAGUAUGGACAACUACAUCACCACCAAGCGGGCCUUUGACUCUGAGGAUGUUAUUCAGUGGUGAGGAUGGAGAUGAGACCUGGGUUGUUCCUGUCAACAACAUACCCCAAGACUGGAAAGCUGGAGAAACAUAUGAUACAGGAGUACAAGUGAACGGAUAAUCAUACGAUCCAAUUCAGAUUUUAUCAUACAAAUAAUAAGUCCCUAUAAAAUAUUAAUCCUCAUGCUUAGCUCUUCAAUAUGUUUCAUUUUAUUUCAUUAUAAUACGUGUAUCUUUCCUCCAUCUAAAGGUGGGGAUAUAGUUUAAUAAAAGAAGUUCAUGAAUGUAAUCA